AUGAUAAGUAAAUUUACAUUAAUUUCAGAUCCACCAACCAUCACAAGUCUAACAUCAGAUGCUACCAACAAUAUAAUAGAUGAAGAUUCUACUGUAACCUUCAACUGUUCAGUUGACAGUCUUCCAUCUUCAGAUAUAUCCUGGUCUAGAUCACAACCAGGGGAACAACUCUAUUCUGGUAGUCAAUAUACCAUAUCUAAAGCUAGUUGUCAACAUACAGAUAACUAUACCUGUACAGCUAGUAAUACGAUUGGUCAACCUGUAUCUAAAACUAUUCCACUCCAUGUUACAUGUUCUCCUAGAGAAAACACAGUCACCAAGAUACAAAUCACUAAUAGAAUAGAUGCAACAAUAACUCUACAAGUUGAUAUAAUCGCCUACCCUCCACCAACCUUCACCUGGUACCAUACAUCUACCAGACAGAUAAUAAAUUCAGCUAGAACACAACAACUAUCAACUAUAAACUAUAAAUCAACAGUAGAGAUAACUCUAAACUCUAAUCUAUUUGGUGAUUAUAUAGUAUCUGUAGUCAAUGAUAUUGGUAUUCAGAACUUCACUAUUACAGUUAUUGAUGGAGAACCACCGAAGCCAGUAAAUGACCCAUUGGGAAGUAAUAACAUGCUUACUAUAGUUGGAAUUAUUAUUGGUGUAUUGGUAAUUGUUGGUAUUAUAACUGUUAUUGGCGUGGUAAUAUACCGUAGAAAGGCACAAAAAGACAGUUCCCAAGAUAAUGUUCCCUCAUCAAACAAAGGAAAUAAAAGGCAAGAUGAAAUGGUUAUUGAUGACAAUUUAACAUAUGAGGGCAGUGAUCAUUUAUUUGGACCCCGGACUGGAGCAGGACCUGGAAAAGGACAAACCGAUAACAUUUCGAAGGCAUCUAACGUAAAGACAGGACAGGACAGUAAAAUGGUUAUCGAUGAUAAUCUCUUGUAUGAAGGAAGCGAUCAUUUAUUUGGACCUCAAAAUGGAAAUGAAUCUGAAAAAAGUAAAAAGCCCGCCAAGAAACCAGAUCCUGAAGCUAUCUACACAGCGGUUGUUAAGAAAAAGACUGGUCAAGAUAAUAAAACUGCUAGUGGACAGACAGAUGUCAAAGCCAAACCAGUAGCUACAAAUAAACCAACUAUUAACAAGGAGGGACUGAAUUAUGCUGAUGUUGUUUUCACGAACAAAACACCAGCUAAAGAUGUCAAACCAGUUUAUCAUGAGGCGGUUGAGUAUGCUGGUAUACAGCCUGGUGUUCGAGGACCAACUCCACUACCUGUUUCUGAUAGCAGUGAUGAUGAUGACACACCGGCACCUGCAGCACCAGCACCUGGACCAAAGAAACAAAUGAAAACUAAGAAGAAGUAAAUUAAAGGAUCUAGAUGGGUAGCUUGAUCUAUCCCAAUCUCUUUCAAAUCUUAAACUUUUUGAUUGAUCAAUAGAUAUUAAACAUUCUGAGCAUAUCCAAUUAUGAUACCAAAAACAUGAACCAAUGAUAAAAUUUUAGCUUCCUGACUGUGCAGGCGUGAGUUAAGUAAAUCUUUCUACCCAGCCAUGUCAUCUCCAUUAAUUGAUGGUGGUAUUCUUGUUAAUGAUACUCCCUAAAAUGCACAGAGGAAUAUUUUUCCUUGUUUUUAUAUAAAACAGUUGUCUAUUGAAUAUCACCAUGUAGAUAAUCAGGGUCUGGGUUUGUGCUAUGUUGAGAAUUAUGAAAAUGUUUCUGUUUUUCAUUUCAUCUUACAACCUGACAAGCUAUUCUUUUCAAAGUUCAUAUUUUUUGU